UGUUUGAGAUUACUUGGGAUUCUCCUACCCAAGAUAGCUUGUUCCCAGAGAUUCCCUGAUCUAAGCUAACUCACAGCUGCCUCUCUAAUUUUCCCAUAUCCUUCCUUCCACAGAACUGCCCCUGGACUGCCACCAACUCUUCCUGGAAGGGGAGCGCCAGAGCCGAGUAUUCUGGAUCCAACCUGCCGGCUCCCAGCCCUUCCUGGCAAACUGCGAGAUGACUCCAGAGGGCGGUUGGACAGUGAUUCAGAGACGCCUGGAUGGCUCCGUGGACUUUAACCAGCCCUGGGAGACCUACAAAGCCGGCUUUGGUGACCCCCAUGGGGAAUUCUGGCUGGGCCUGGAGAAGAUGCAUCAGCUUGCACAGGGCUGGAGAAACUACCUCUCCAUCCAGCUGCAGGACUGGGAAGGAAACUUCUACUCUGCCCAGUUCCCCUUCCACCUAGGUGGAGAGGACACAGACUACAGCCUACAACUUCUGGAGCUUGGAACUGGAGAGGCAGAGAUAGCCCUUGGGGACAGACAGCCCCUUCCCUUCUCCACCUGGGAUAAGGACCAUGAUCUCCAAGCUGCUCUGAACUGUGCUAAGCACCUCUCGGGGGGGUGGUGGUUCAGCACCUGUGGCCAUUCCAACCUCAACGGGAAGUACUUCCUCUCCAUCCCCCGGCAACGGCACCAGCGGAAAAAGGGCAUCUUUUGGAAGGCGUGGCGGGGACGCUACUACCCACUCCGAGCCACCACCAUGCGGAUUCGGCCCUCUGAGCCCAAAGCCUCCUCCUAGGUCAGCCCUGUUGGCUUACCGCCUGGGGCUGGGACAGUCCAGGGAGGAGACGAGGCUCCGGACAGGGAGAGGAGCUCUAGGAUUUUCAGCCGAGAAAUGCCUCUUGUGGCACUAAGACUUGUAACUCUAAGAGGCAGAGAGAGAACUUUCCUCUGAUUGCAAUCCCAUGGGGCUCCCCCUAUGGAACGCCUCCCCUCCCUGCGUUGGGACCCUCGGGGGCUCGAGAAACACCCUGGGAGAGGAUGGUCCAACCGGCUCCUGGCUCCUGCUCGGAGGAAAGAAGAACAGGAGGAACCAGUUACCUCAAGGAUGGUCACCUUGGGGGCCUGUGUCUUGGAGUGAAUGUCGGUUAGUCUCUGCCCUUUCUGGAUGCCUCUGGACUUUCACCGGGGAGUAGCGUGGAAGUCAGCUACAGCCACUGAUGGCCCUGUUAUACUAUCUCCCCCCGCCCCCC